CAUUUCUAAAUAAUGCUUAAGGAAACCAUGCCAGGGUUUGUAAAAUAGUAGAGGCACAACCAUGGGGAGUGAGCAUUGGGGAAAGAGGAAAGAGGGCAGGACGUGAGGAUAAAGCGGCUUCUUAACUGCGCCUGCGCCCCUGGCAAAGCUGACAGAAGCGCGUGAAGUGACGUCAUUGCCUGCGUCACAAUACGCGUCGUCUGACUGGAAGCGUAUCGCAGGCUCUGAGGGGCGGGACCCAACUUAUGGUCAAAGGCGGCAGAUUGUAGUUUUUGUUUUGGCCGAAAAGGCUUACCAUGAGUUGCCAGGGCUGAGAGAGAUGGAGAAGGAUUCGCGGCGGUGACAGAUUAAAUUCCCCAGUUACAUUAUAGACUUGGAGGUGGGGGAUCUUCUCAUCGUUAGAGGCCCCGAUCAUGGGAGAUGGGCGGUUCGGAGCCAGUCCUGCCUAACUUUGUGUUCACUGAUGUUAGGGAUGCUAGGGCUGCAAAGCCGGAAAGCCUUGAGAACUUAUUCCUCGACCCGGACAUGGCACAGGAGAAAAUGGAACUAGGUUUCGAGUCGCUGCCGAGUUCCACUACCGCAGACAGCAACAUUCCGAGAAGAGUCAACAGUGCCCCUUUGAUCAAUGGACUUGGUUUUAAUUCACAGGUGUUGCAAGCUGACAUGUUAAGAAUUAGUACAAACAGAGCAAUGUUUACGAAUCGACGCUGUCUGUUGUUGCCACCUUCUCCCUUUCGUGGUUCCAUCAGCCGCCUUCAUCAAAUCAAACAGGAAGAAGCCAUGAAUUUAAUAACUAGAGAAACAAUGUAUGAAUGGAAAAUACAAACUGAGAUACAGAUAAGUCAAUCUUGGGAAGAAGGCUUGAAACUGAAUGACAAUGGCUCACAGAAAUCAUCCUCUCUAAAGUGCAUUGAUUUAACACCAGUAUCCUCAAUGCCUUCUUCCAUCAAGAAGACUGGGAAGCAGUUUUUCUCUCCAUCAUUACAAACUUGUGUGAGUUGCACUGGUUCUCCUUCAAGUCACAUUCCCAGUCCUACGCAACAAUACAUCAUAAGAAGUCAAAAUCCUACCAACAUUAUUAGACCAAGUAUCCUUGGACCAUUAAAAAGAAAAGGUGAAAUGGCAUUUCAAUAUCAACCAAAAAGGAUUUUCCAAGGCACAACCAACAUACUUUCUUCUGAUACUUCCCAACUGUCAGAUAAUAAUGUGUGUUUAUUUCCAGCUACUUUUGAUGGAAACAACAGCAAUGCUGGGUCUUUUGGUAAUUCAUCAACUGAAAUCGGCACCGUCAGAAACUCUCCUUUGUCACCUUCUGAUACUGGUUCUCAUUUGUUCUAGUAGUCGAGCUUUCAACUAAAUGAUUCACCCAUCCCAAGACUUUCUCACCAAUGGAGAAACACAUACAUCAAGCAAAUCAAGUCAGAGCAAUGAGAAUUGUACUUUAUAAUUUAAACUAUCUCCUAUUUAUCUUUUUUCCUCAAUUUCCUAAAAUUCUAUUUAUCUACAGAACUUGCAUGUAUAAUUUUUGUGUAUGUCCUUAAAUUCAAUGUAAUAAUAUUUUCAAAGAUGUUUUCCAAAUAAGAACUACGUUGAAGAUACAAGCAUAAAUUGUUAGGCUGCUAUUGUCUAGAAAAUGCUGUACCUUGACUUUUUGAAAUAAUCUUAUGAAACAUAAUUCUGAUAAAAUAUAAUUGUUCAAUUAACAAAGUAAAA